AUGUCUGUCAUGGAAGUGGGCACCGAAAUAAGCCAGAAAAUUCGUUCAGCAAUUAAGGCAAAACUUGUGGAGCUCGGUUCUUACGUGGACGAUGAGUUACCGGACUAUAUCAUGGUGAUGGUAGCUAACAAGAAAACCCGAGCGCAGAUGAACGGCGAUCUCGGAUUGUUUCUUGGCACCAGCACAGUAGCAUUCACAGACUGGCUGCACGGUUUGUUAGAGAAACUGCAGACAAUUAGAAUCGAGCCAGAACCACACACAGACAAACACGACAAGAGUGAUAAAGUGAAAGCAAAAGAGAAGAAAAAAGAUCACAAGAAGUCACAUAAAGGCGACACUUCUCAUUCUUCUGGGAAGAAAAAAGAUAAACAUAAGAAGAAAGAUAUCGAGAGCGUUGUAAGUGAUGAUGUCAAUGCAACAGUUUUGGACAAUAUAGGGACAGCAGCAACAAGUAACAUUUCUGAGAGUCAAGAAGAAACAAAAAUCGGUUCUGAGACACAACAAGAAAAGAGUCCUAUCAAAGACAACAGUGUCAGUGAAGACUUUGAAGAUGUUAGGCAGCUGUUAGUUACAGAGGCAGCAGAGGAUGAACUCACUAAUGAGUUGGAAACAACUGAAGUUGAAAUUAUACAUGCGAGAACGGUGAAAAAUACAGCAAAACCAGUAGCAAAAUCUAGCCAGGAUAUUAUUACCACAGCUAGUUCUGGUCGGUUACCUAAACAGAAUCCUGAACGUCGGAAUAUACAGAAAGUUUCAGAGGUUUUACGAAAACGCAGAGCAGCUCUAACAUCUGUAGUCGCUGCAAUCAGUCAGAAUGAUGAGGAUGAAGAGUAUGAUCCACGUAACCCAGCGGUGGCUAGUGUAGUAAGGGUCACCGCCCGCAAGUCCAGCGUGCCUCCACUGUUACAAGCAAACAGGGUGCUUCUGAUGAAGGCAAUGUCAGAAGCUGAGCGUUCAGUAGCGACGAAGAAGAGAAUUGCUGUGGCAAAGCCAGUAAGCCGGGAUGAUUCUCCUUCGGAAGUCUACUCUCCAAAAAGAAAACGGGAUAAGUCUCGUGAUCUGGAUAGCCCGCCUCCUUAUAUUCCAUCGAAAAAAGACAAUGUUGGUCGUCAAAGCAGCAGUAGUUCUCAGCGUGUGCUGUCCCGCAACGAUGCUAGACAUAUGAUAAAGAGAGAUAACGGCCGCCAACCUCCAUCAAGAUCUUAUCGUGAUAUUGUACAGACAACUAAUCAUAGUCCUGAUUCUGAACACAGAAUUGAAUUGUCCCGGUCACCUGAGAGAAGCAGACGUCAACCAGAAGAUGACAGACAUGUCCAGAGUGUUUCAAGUGAAAAGAUAGAGAAAGAAAGUAAAAAUGACAAGAAUAGCAAAGAAAUAACAAGUAAACAAAUUGUCAGGGAAGUUAAAAAUGACAAGAAUAUCAGGCAAGUUACAAGUGACAGGAACGGUGAUAAGAAUAUUCAAAUUACAUGCCACCUGGUGUCCGACUCGCGACCUUCUGUGCCUCAUGUUGAGCGGAAACGUCAACACAGUUUAUCACCAGAACCGAAAAAGCCACUUCAGGUAACAGUUUAUCCACCGCAGAACACUAAACCCACAGCCUCGAGGUUGGGGAAAAUAAUCAUUAAAAGAAAUAAUUCAGAUGGAGACGAGAGAGAAAGUACCAGUACAAGAGGAAGCCAUGCAAUGAUAAAUACCAGCAAGAGAGAUGCUAGAGAAGAUAUUGUCGCCAAAGCAGCUCAGUCAAAAUCAAAGGAGAACCUUUCCCAGAAAAAUAACAGCGGCCCUGUGAUUUCGAAUGUGGGUAAGGAGGCCGUACAGAAGCAGUGUGAAGCUGCAGUGAUUUCUGUCCAGGCAGCACAGAUUAGUACAAGGGCUAAGAGGAACAUAAGUCCUGACAGCAGGGUGGUCGAAUGUGACACGCAGAGUAACGAAGAUGCAAAAGUUGAACAUGAUUCAAGGGAUCAUAAAGAGCAGGUGAAGAAAGAGUUGAUUUCAGAGAAGCGACGAUCUUCUACACAUGGUCUGGAUGAGACAGCUAAGAACAGAAGUUCAGACAGCGUUGGGGAUGAUGAUGAUGAUGAUCUGUCUAAAAUGAUUGACGAAGAUCUAGGCCCAGAGUUGCUUGAUGACACAAAUGGUGAUGAUUUCAAUUUAGACCUUGAUAUCGAUGAUGAUUUGAGCAAAGUUGCGGCAGUUGGUGAUGAACCACUAUCUUCAGAUGUCCAUGAAAUCACAAAGGAUGAUAACAAACGUGGGACAAGAUUCAUUGUGACUUUAGACGGGGUUGACGAAAGGCAUUUCCAGUCUGAGGACAAAGGCAGUAAUUUUGAUAAAUUCAAAAAUCCAGCCCCGGUUCUUUCUGCACCAGCACCUUCCGUUGUUGCCCCUGUUGUGGCAACAGGUACACAGCAGAUGCAUCCUGAUCCAAGUCUGUACUUGCGUCUGCUAGGAGUUCCACCCAGCACUGUGUCUCAGGCACUGCUGCAGCAGGUCCAUGCAGCCGCCCUGACCGUUCCCUCGAAACUGACUCCUCCGAAAAUUCAGCCUUUCUCAAUUAGUCUCAAGGACUCCGAUGAUGAGCAUGACGAAAAAGAAGCCAAACCCCCGGCCACUCAGGAAUAUUACCAGCAGGCAGAAGGUGAUGUUUCGGCAAUUAAACGGGCGAAAAUGUCCGAGAGGUGCAAGUUUUGGCCAGCUUGUGCUGCUGGUUCAUCCUGUGAGUACCAUCACCCGACCGCUCACUGCAAAACAUUCCCCAACUGCAAAUUUGGUGACAGGUGCUUGUUCAUUCACCCCAACUGCCGGUUUGACUCAAAGUGUACCCGUCCUGAUUGCCCUUAUACUCACACCAGCCGGCGGCCAGCGCUAGCUAGUGCCACCCAUGUCAUCGCAAUUCCCAAGUCGCAUUUUGUUUUCUCCACAGUUCCACCAAAAAGUAACUUCGCAGGGCAUCCCAGCUCACAGGGAAUCUGCCGCUUCUUUCCCAAUUGUCACAACAUGAACUGUGUUUUCAUGCAUCCAAAACCAUGCAAGUUUGGUCUGGCCUGCAAAAGUCCAGCCUGUCCAUUUUUUCACCCUCAAGUGCCUGCGGUGGACAAGUUGAAGUGGCAGGCUAGCAGUGCGCCUGCAAAAACUGAAGUCAUGCCAGCUCCUUCCAAGGUGGAACAAAUUGUUGAUAAACAUAGCCCCAGCACAACCAGUAACUUGGCAACGGUGUCAUCGACCAGUCAGUAG